UCAAUUAGUGUCAAUUCUCAAAAAAUCCGUGAAUGUGAAUGUUCAGCAUACAGAAAUCUACAAAAGUUAGUUAAAUAUUCAACAAAACUACCAGAAUUUAGAUAUUCCUGUGUUUAGAAACAAAAUGGGUGAAUAGGUUAGUACGAGUAUUACGAGAUGGACGACACGGAAAGUACAACGACAUCCGCGGACGAGAACACUGGUAAUCUGUGCGAUAAUCCGACACGAGACACGUUAGCCGAGGGGCUUUUAGGUCUGCUAAAGCCUACAGUUGACACCCUAGACGACAGAGUUAGAGCCACCAGGAUAUCUCAAUUAGAAUUGAAGCAGCAAAUAGACUCAUUGAAUGAGGAGUUGCAGAAAGUACGGGAAGCCCUGAACAACCACCCGGAUUUGGAUCCGUAUGUCAAGAAACUCAUUGCUUGUAAGCACAAAGUAACUGUGGUCCUCAAUGUUCUUCAGGCCUCACAAGAUAGACUGAAUGAAAUACGACGAAUGAUAAGCAAGGAAAAGAGUGUCAGACCAGCAGUCCUCACACAGUUACCCCAGGAGCCGGAGCAGGGCACUAGUGGAGUCUCUGACAGGGGGAGCAUCAACUAAUAAGCAUACUCA